AUGGCUGCCAAGUUUAUGUGCUUAUUCUUCGUUGUGACGUUUUCAUGGGGUAUUGUGGGUUUUUCUGCUGCUAUUGGGAAUACUCCUGUUUUCAACGUUUCUGAGAUGGGAAAUUUCUCUGAUGAUAUGUUGAAUCUUGACACGCUGAGAAAGAUUUUGGUGAGAGAAGAAGACACCAUUAUUUUUAGUCUGAUAGAGAGAGCAAAAUAUCCCAUGAAUUCUCGGAUGUACGAUGAAAGGCCCGGGCUUUCGGGUUCUUUGUUUGAAUUUUUUGUUAAAGAAUCAGAAGCUGUCCAAGCCAAGGUUGGUCGGUAUUCUUCUGCAGAAGAGAAUGCUUUCUUUCCAGAUAAUUUGCCACCACCAUUGCUGCCACCUGGAGAUAGUCAACAGGUUUUGCAUCCUCGGGGAGCUUCUAUUAAUAUAAAUGGGCAAAUAAUGAAUAUGUAUCGCAAGCAACUGCUUCCUCUGAUCACGUCGGAUGGGGAUGAUGGGAGUUAUGCAAUCACUGCUGCUAGGGAUCUAGACUGCUUGCAGGCUCUUUCAAAAAGAAUUCACUUGGGUAAGUUCGUAGCGGAGAUUAAGUUCAGGGAAUCCCCAGAAAACUACACUCGAGCAAUACGUGUUCAGGACAAGGAUGCUUUAAUGAAACUAUUAACAUUUGAAAGUGUUGAAGAGAUGAUCAAGAAAAGAGUAGAAAAGAAAGCGAUGGUUUUUGCACAAGACGUGGAUCUCAAAGAGAACGAUAAUGUUGGAAAGUACAAGGUUAAUCCAUCUGUAGUUUCUCGCUUAUAUGGAGAAUGGGUUAUCCCUUUAACAAAAUUUGUUGAAGUUGAGUACCUUCUCUGCCGUCUGGAUUAA